UCGCAUGCAUUCAAACAUAGACACACACAUACACUCUCUUGCGUUCUGUUCUCUUUCUCACACACUUCCCCUAUUAAAAGCUCAGGGGACAAACAGGAUAUUUUAUGCUCUACAUACACCUUUCAUACCAACAUAUCUUACAAUUCACUACCUCGUAAAUAUACAUCAUUGAUCUCUGUACUUCUGACAGAUCAAUGGAGAACACAACCCAACCCUUCCCACCUGUGUCUAACACCUUCUGCCUCAAUCACUCCUCCUUCUCUGCCAUAACCACCUUCCCUGUCUCCCCCCUCUGCCCCUCCUUCACCACCCGCUUCAUCCUCCCCUCCCUCUACGCCCUCCUCUUCCUUACGGGUCUCCCGGGCAACGCUCUCUCUAUCUGGGUGUUCCUGAGGAGUAUUCCCACCCAGACCUCCACCCAUGUCUACCUGUUCCACCUGGGCCUGUCCAACCUGUGCCUCUCCCUCACCACCCCCUUCCUGGCCGCCUACUACUCACAGGGUCCCGUUUGGCCGGCCUGGAGCCCCCUGUGCCAGCUGGUCCUCCAUGGGGUCACCCCCAUUCAGCAGAUCAACAUCUACAUCAGUGUCUUUAUCCUGACCUGGGUGGCGCUCAGCCGCUUUGCCACCCUCAUCCAGCACACCCAUGCAAGCCGCCCCAGCACCUGCACCACCCUGCUACCCCAUGCCUUCUUCACCAGGCUGAGACGGGUGAGGUUCGCCAAGGCCGUGUGCGCCUGGAUCUGGGGGAUGGUGGUGUUUGCCACAGUACCCGUGACAGUUUACUAUUCAGUGAAGGAGACGAAGGUGGAUGUAGGGAGUGAGGAUGGAGAGAGAGGAGGACGGGGUGAAGAGGAGGGGGGGAGGGUGUGUUACAGUGUGGCAAUGGAGAUGGGGGGAAGCCUGUCAAGGGGGGCGAAUGUGGUGUCCAUUGUGAUCUUCUUCAUGUGUUUCCUGCUGGUGCUGAUGUCGUAUGUGGCGGUGGCGAGGCAUAUAUGGAGGUCGCGUCAGUGUGCCGUUGUCAAUGGUUCCCAGAGGCUGCUGGGUAGAGUGUUCCGGAACAUCGUGGUGAUCCAGGUGGUUCUGAUAGUGUGCAUGUUGCCUUACCACAUCUUCAAGUCCAUCUUUAUCUCCAUAGUCCAGCACCAAGCUGACCCAGCCACCACCAUUAGGGGGCCCUGCCAUCCUCUCUCUGCCAUUGUUGAGGUCAAGAACUUCCUGCUUUGCCUCACCACGCUGAGGAGUUCGGUCGACCCGGUGAUGUACUUCUUGUUGGACAAGACCUUCCAAAGACAUGUCAUGUUACUGCUUAGGCUCCACCCACAGAAUUCCAGCAUCCAAUCAUCCGGUGGGGCCACCACGCAGGCCACCACCAGAGCCAAUCCAAUUGGUGGGAGGUUGGAGAUGACUGUGUGUCACAAGGGUCAGGGGUCAUGGAAAGAGUCACAAUCUGUGAACUGGAGUCUGUGCAGUGCUCUGUAAAGAUUGUUUAGGAUUUUGCUAUUUUACAUUGACCACUUCCAUCACCUCAUUCAACAACAUUCCUUUAUUGACCAGGAGAAGUGAGUCCAAUACUUUUACCAUGUGGUGCUGUUUUUUUACUCCUGCUAUAUUUAUAGAGCACGUUGUAUAUUUAUGAGCGAGAAGGAGAAGGAAUGUGUAACUGAUAUGUACACUACUGUUGGGAUCACUUAGAAAUGUCGUUGUUUUUGAAAGAAAAUCUUUUUUUUUUUGUCCAUUAAAAUAACAUCAAAUUGAUCAGAAAUGCAGUGUAGACAUUGUUAAUGUUGUAAAUGACUAUUGUAGCUGGAAACGGCAGAUUUUAUAUGGAAUAUCUACAUAGGCGUACAGAGGCCCAUUAUCAGCAACCAUCUCUCCUGUGUUCCAAUGGCACGUUGUGUUAGCUAAUCCAAGUUUAUCAUUUUAAAAGGCUAAUUGAUCAUUAGAAAGCCCUUUUGCAAUUAUGUUUGCACAGCUGAAAUCUGUUGUUCUGAUUAAAGAAGCAAUAAAACUGUCCAUCUUUAGACUAGUUGAGUAUCUGGAGCAUCAGUAUUUGUGGGUUCGAUUAAAGGCUCAAAAUGGCCAGAAAGAAAUCAUUUUUUCUGAAACUCGUCAGUCUAUUCUUGUUCUGAGAAAUGAAGGCUAUUCCAUGCGAGAAAUUUCCAAACACACACACACACACACAAAAAGAGAAAGAAUGAGAGAGGAAAAAAGCAUCACUGGUGCUGUACAGACUCAACCAAGGACUGAUAGGGCCCAGAGGCAGCAGCAAUAUUGCUAACCUACACCUGCUUCAACAAGAGACUUCUGCCUUCAAUCUGUACCCUUUAUGCAGGGUGUACACGGUUUAUUUUUCCUUGUCUAAAUAUGAUGUUCAAAGUGCUACCUUUUCACACAAAGUUAAAUCCACCUUUACUUUUAACCAGUGGCGGUCUGUCACGUUCUGACCUUUAUUUCCUUUGUUUUGUGAUUAUUUAGUAUGGUCAGGGCGUGAGUUGGGGUGGGCAGUCUGUUUGUUGUUCUAUGAUUUGGGGAUUUCUAUGUUUCGGGCCUAGUAUGGUCCUCAAUCAGAGGCAGGUGUCAUUAGUUGUCUCUGAUUGAGAAUCAUACUUAGGUAGCCUGGGUUUCACUGUGUGUUGGUGGGUGUUUGUUUCCGUGUCUGUGUUUUUCACCACACGGUACUGUUUUGGGUUUCGUUCGUUCCACGUUUAUUGUUUUUGUAUUAAGUCGUGUUCAUGUUUAGUAUUUCUUAUUAAAAGAACCAUGGACACUUA